AAUAUUUAAAUUUAUCAUUACAAUGCACUUACAUGUUUUUACAAUAACAGCAUUGGAAACACUUUAUUUUAUUGUGUCCGUUAAAUAUGUUACAUGUACUUACCAUGGUAAUAACAAUAAAUUAUGCAUGCAUGCACUAAUCCUAAACCAAACCAUAAUCCUAACCUAACCCUGUUGCUAACUAAAAUUACUCACUAGAAUGUAUAACUUUAAUAUACGAAAUUACACUGUAACAAUGACAGCUUAAAAAAAAUGUAACCGCAUCGUUUUAAACUACAAUAUGAACACAAUCAGUAGGCUAUAUUUUUACUAUGUUGGUUAAUGACACCUAAAAUAAAGUUUGACCUAAAAAUUCCAAUGUAUGAACAGGUAUCAUAUGAAUAGGCAUGUCUUGAUUAAUUUGAUAUAUAGCUAACAUCUAGCCUUUCAUAUAGGCCUAAUUUAGUUCAUGCGCAAAAUUUAAAACGUUCUUUUUUUUUUCUAAUGUUGUCCAACUCACUCCGAUUAGAUUGUAAACAGGCCUAUACUUGUAGGCCUGACAUUAAUUUGCAUUUUACGAGCAUAUUUGAGCAUAUGAGCAUAUUUCAAAACAAUGUUAAUUUGAAGCAGACAAAUGGGAAUAUUUUAUCAAAUUUCGAAGCACAUGGGGGGGAAAAAAGCACCGAGUUACGUUAAAAUGUUUAUUUUUUUGCACGGUCCGUGAAGGACACGCUCCUCUGUUUGUUCAUCCUCCAGAGAUUAGGUUCAUGUCCAUCCUAAGCUGUUUGUUUACUCACAUCUCCAAGUGUUGUCGUAUAUCAGAACUCCUUAGCAUAACGUCUUUUUGCCUCACUCGCUUCUGACAGGCAUUCAAUCAGAUGAAUGUGUAAACAGAAGGGCGGUCUCAGGUGAGAGGCUUGAGUUUCACCGGCUUUCGAAGUGUUAUAAUUGAGCCUUCGAGUUCAUUGAUCAGUCAGAGAGAUUGGCUGUGCCGGAAACUUAUCAGAUCUUUUUGUUUUUCCGCGAGCGUUUCCGAAGAAUGGCCGUGCGCUUUCUAGGUUUUUUUCGCAACUUUUAAGUCCUGUUGGACACAUUUAGGAGCGUGUUUGUAUUGUUAAACAUGGAGGAACUAAAAUCCCCCGUGAGUUUUUUCCACAAGUCGUCUUUCAGCAUUAGUAGUUUACUGCUCCGACACGAGCGCGCGAGGAGCGACUCGAGCGCCGCACCGGAAGCUCUGCGCUCUCGAGCCGCAAAGCCACCCAUCGCGCGCUCCCAUCACCAGCAGACAAAUGACGGGCAAGACAAGCAGAUUCCAAAACGGAACGAAGCGAACAGACCGGAUAAAAAGGAGUCUGGGAGAGUUGGAGAGCAAACGUGUGAAGGAACAGAUGGACAGUCACCGGAGAAGAAGAGCAAGCCCGAUAAGCCUCCGUUUAGUUAUAACGCGCUUAUCAUGAUGGCCAUCCGCCAGAGCCCGGAGCGACGGCUCACCCUCAACGGCAUCUAUGAGUUCAUUAUGGGCAACUUCCCGUACUACCGAGAAAACAGGCAGGGUUGGCAGAACUCCAUCCGGCACAACCUGAGCCUCAACAAGUGCUUCGUCAAGGUCCCGCGCCACUACGACGACCCGGGAAAAGGCAACUACUGGAUGCUGGACCCGUCCAGCGAUGACGUAUUCAUCGGCGGAACCACUGGGAAACUCCGGCGCCGGUCUACAGCCGCGUCUCGAGCCAAGCUGGCCAUGAAGAGAGGCGCACGUCUCUCCUCCUCCGCCGCCACCGCAGGACUGGCAUUCGCAGGCUCGUUUUACUGGCCCGUCCCGCCGUUCGUGACUCUCCAGCAUCGUCACCCGAGCUCCGCGGCUCACCACAACAACUACGCCGCGUCGGUUCUGUCCCAGAGCUCGCGCCACUUCAGCUCGGUCGGUCCCGCCGCGGAAAGAUUGCUUCUCCCGUCCGCCCAAGAGGCAGCUUAUUAUGGAAUGGGCUGUGAACAGAUGACCUCCACCUCCUCCUUCUCCACAUCUGCCUCCGUGCCUCUGCCUCUCUCUGCUCCCCGCUCUUUCAAUUUACUUUCCAAUCAGUCCAGUUACUUUUACUCUCACCAGGUGCCUCACACAGCGGGGCUGUCACCCUGGUCGCAGGAGGAAUCGUACCUCUCCAAAACAUCUCCUCCUGGACAGUUAUUCCCUGGAAAGCCAUCUCCUUCUUCUGAAUACAUUGGAGGACUAUGUUCAGACAUUCCCAGUUAUUUUCCUCAUUUUAACACAGCCAACUCCAUGCACUGAACAUUGAAGAGAAUAGAAACGCAGCUCAUGUGCAAUCUUUUUAUCCAUUAUUUAAUUUCAUGUGAAGCCAAAUAUUUGUGGCCAAACAAGUUUUCUUUUGUAACAUCCAGUUGUUUACAGUUUAGUUACCACAAAAGCGAGUUACGCAAAUAUUUGUAUGCACGUGACGUCUCAACUAAACGUGCCGAUCUGAAAGUCAAUGCACUUCUGAAAAAAAGGAAGUGCAUUGCUCCACAUAUGUCUCUUUUUAAUGUCUGCUGGGUUUUCUUUAGAAGGCAGUUUGUAUGUAGGCGAUACCAAAAAGAAAAGAUUAACUGCAUGAUUCUGUCCGGUGCUUUUUCAUAAGAUGUCUUCGUGUUGUUCAGCAUUUACAGUCACUCACAUAAUCUUAAUACUGUAAAUUUUUGUCUAAGAAGAAGCCUACAGGAGUUCAUGACUCUCUGCAGUCAUUAAAAAUCCCAGGA